AUGGGCCCGUGCAAAACAUGUCCGAAAGCUGCUUCAAAGAAAGUGCGGAAGAAGAUUGUCAAGCCUGAAGCUAGCGAUACAUGCGUGCCCGCCUCUCAGAAGCCUGCGUUGGGCAAGAGCUCUGGCCGCAAGAAGCCGGCACGCAAGAAGCCUGCGUGUGCCAAAGGUUCCACAGUUGAGAACUCGGCCCAUCAGAAAAGUCAGACUGGCAAAGGCUCUGCUGCUGCGAGGCCGGCGCUGGCCGCAAAGUAUCCAGAAAGGCAAGUGAUGUUGGGGCAAACCCCGCCGCGCUUGCCCAACAAGAACGUGAUUCGGGUGGCGUCAGAUUGUUCUGGGCUUUGCCCAGAAGGACGGGCUGCAGCGACGGCCUCAUCUGGCGCUUUUGCCUGCCAGCAUGCCUUUGCUUCGGAAAAGUGCCCCAAGAAGAGGUCCUACAUCCAGGCCGUGAUCAAGCCGGAAGUGCUCAGCCCAGACAUGAAGGACGCAUCCCAGCCAGAAACGUGGCGCCUGGUAGACCUCUACGGAUGCGGCUUCCCAUGCCAACCAUGGAGCACAGCUGGAAAGCAAGAAGGUUCAGACGACGAGGAUCGUGGGCGUUUCUUCAAGGACAUCUUCCGGCGCAUCGCAGUAGGCAAGCCUCGUGCCUACCUGUUGGAGAAUGUGCCCGGCCUCGCCCAAGGCUUUCCGGACAAGUUCAAUAUCAUGAUUGGCAUUCUUCGCAAAGUCAACUCAGCUGCCUACAAUGUCAUGUGGGAGGAGAUGGAGACCGACCGCCAUGGCGGGCUGCCUCAAAAUCGGAAACGGCUGUACAUCGUGGGCAUUUUGAAAGAAGCGCAGGUACUUCCUUUCAGAUUUCCAGAUCCGUUCAGCGGUUGCCUGACCCUCACGCAACUUUUGGGGCCCCCGAAAGCUGGUCCGCUGCCUGACCUGGCCAGCAAGACCAUGGAUGACCAGGGCCGACGACUCAGCAAGACUGUGCAGGACAACUUGAAGUGCUUUGCCCAGAAGACUGCUGGCCAGGAUCUGAAAUCUGCCGACUACAUUAUCGAUNNCAGGCUCCAGCAAAUGCAAUUUCGUGGCUGGCCGCUGCCCAUGUCU